GUUCAUUUAUUAUUGCUGAUCAUGAAUUCGAAUGGAUAAUGCAAUAUUCCGAUCAAAAUAUACCAAAUCAAUCAAUCCUUGUACUAGAUGUUAAUUGUUUUGGGCUGACAAUCGAUAAAGACGGUGGAGACAAGGAACAAAAGAAGGAUCUGUCGUUGCAGAUUAUGGCGCCGGACGAUGGUUCCUGAAGCAGGAUUCCAUGAAAUAUCCAGAAUACUACAGAACCGGCCGUUUCUAUGGGUGUAUCUACUUUGGUCACACCUACACCCACACCCAAUUAAAUCAAAUGAGCUGUCCAAUUUAUCUAGCAUUUGACAAUGAAGGGAAUCUUUACGUUGAUGGUUAUGGCGCUCAUCGGAUAUUAAAAUAUGAAAAACUUUGAACUGACACAUGAUGUUUUUGAUGUUAUCAUUUUGUUUUUUUGAUUGUUUCAAUUAAAUAAAUAUGUUCAUCAAAGUAUUCCUCAUUUAGCUUCAUCUAUCUGUCAUUUAUUUGCUCGAGUCUUAGCAAAGGAACACUCAGACGUUAAUUCUUCAAUAUUUCUAAAUUAGAUUUUUUAUUUUAUUAGAUUAAAGAUGCAAAUGCAUCUACUACUGCAUCAGAAUUUCUUGAAGAAAUAAAAAAUGCUGAAGGUGAUGAAGCUAAAACAAUUACAUUAGAAUGUGAAGUUAUUGGAAUACCUAAACAGGAUGUUGAAUGGUUUAUUUCUUUUUUUUCGUUAAUUAGUACUAAAGAAAUCUCUCAAGGUGCUAAACAUACUAUAACACGUGGUGGUGAUAAAUGUAUUUUGUUUAUUAAUAAUCCUACACCAGAUGAUAUUGACGAAUACAGUAUUAAAGCACGUAAUCAACGUGGUUCAAGAAUGUGUCGUUGUAAUGUUAAUAUUCGAUAUGAAUCAAUUGUUAUUAAAAUUCCUUAUACUGGUAGUCCAUUACCUAAUGUAAUGUUAUCAGACGAUGAAAAUAAUAUAACAAAAAAUAAAAAUGUUUCAAUUGAUGGUAGUGAUCGCUUUAUUACAUUAACUAUUCAAAAUGGAGAUAAAAAUACAACUGGACCAUAUAAAAUUAAAUUAGAAAAUAAUUUAAGUGAAGAUGAAGUUACAUUAAGUAUUCAUGUAUCAGAAGUACCUGGUAUCCCACAGAAUUGUCUACCAGAAGAUGAUUGUGGUAGUUAUAUAACAAAUCAGAUUAUUAGAAAACUUGGUCCUGACAGUGGAAAAUGGAUUAAAGCAGCAGCAAGUCGAUUUCCUCGUUGUACUAUUGAAAACUUAUUAUAA